UUGAAGCACAUUGCUGUGGACACGAUAGAUUGGAGCUCAUCAAUAAUACUAUUAAUGUGAUUAUAACGCUCUGUAACGCGUCUCAGCGGCUGAGACUGAUAUUGAGCGGUUAGCGAUUCUGCGGUGCUGUGUGUUUGUGUUCGCUGAAGGGCUGAUGGCGUCAGCCGGCGAGGGCAGCGUGGACUCUAAAGCGGAGCUGAGCACUCUGCUGGAGCAGUGGGAGAGAGAACAACAGAGUGGCACAAAUGAACUGCUCAACAUACUGACCAAAAUUUCAGAGCUUGUUGAAAGGGAGACAGAGGAGUAUCACAAGGCCGAUCCUGACCCGUUUGAUGACCGUCAUCCAGGACGGGCAGACCCAGAGUGCAUGCUGGGACACCUUUUGAAAAUCCUUUUCAAGAAUGAUGAUUUUAUGAAUGCGCUUGUAAACUCUUACGUGAUGAGCAGCAGGGAGGUCGCUCUGAACACUGCAGCGUGCAGACUGCUGCUCAACAUCAUGCCGGGCCUUGAGACAGCUGUGGUCUUUCAGGAGAAGGAUGGGAUUGUGGAGCGAUUGUUUAAAUGGGUGCAGGAGUCUGAGCAGCCGCUCCGGAUCUACGCCACAGGCCUGCUUGCAGGAGCCAUGGAGAACCAGGACAUUGCUGCCAACUAUCGCGAGGAGAACUAUGUACUAGUUCCUCUGAUGCUGCAGAGACUAAGAGAGCUUCAGGACAAGGAGUCUGAGAACAGGAGGGACUGUAAACGUCUGAACAAGGGUCUGGCACUGCUGCUGCCCGUGGACGAGGAGGCUGUGGACGGAGAAUUCCCCCCCAACAUUCCUCACGCUCCCAAAGAGCAAAACAACCCAAGACAGCAGGACUCUACCAUGGAACUCCCGCUGCUGUCCACUUCUACUGUGAAGAGCGUUGGGAGAUGUAAUGCGGGUAUGAAAGGGCUGAUGAAGCCAGCUACGGUGCUGCCAUUAGAGUCAGACGAAAUAGAUGGGCCAGCAGAAGACAUGAGGAACUGGAGGAAGCGAGAGAAUGGUGGAAAAGUGAAGCAGAAGCUGAACUUCUCAGUGUCGGAGCCGGAGCGGAGCUUCAGUGAGCUCUCCAACAGCAGUUGGUCUGAGACGAGCCCCUGGGUAAUAGGAAACAACUACCACCUGUUCCCACUGACGCCUGGCAUAGAACAGCGCCUUAUACUGCAGUAUCUCACCCCUCUGGGAGAGUACCAGGAGUUGUUGGCUGUUUUCAUGCAGCUUGGUGCUUGUGAGCUGCUGAUGCACUACAUUGACCUGAAACAGACGAAUGAUGUUCAGCUCACAUUUGAAGCCCUAAAGUAUCUCGCAUCUCUCCUCCUCCAUAAAAAGUUUGCUGCCGAGUUUGUGGUGCAUGGCGGAGUACCAAAGUUACUGGAGAUCCCUCGGCCCUCUAUGGCAGCCACAGGCGUGUCUUUGUGCCUCUAUUACCUCGCGUACAACCAGGAUGCCAUGGAGCGGGUGUGCAUGCUACCUCAUUCUCUUCUGUCGGAAGUGGUAAACUACACACUGUGGCUGCUCGAGUGCUCGCAUGCUUCCGGCUGCUGCCAUGCCACCAUGUUCUUCUCUAUCUGCUUCUCCUUCAGAGCUGUGCUUGAGCUCUUCGACAAACAAGACGGCCUGCGACGCCUCGUCAACCUGAUCAGCACUUUGGAGAUUCUGAACCCGGAGGACCAAGGGGCACUGUUGAGCGAUGACGAGAUCUUCUCUAGCAGACAGACAGCAAAGCACACCUGCAUGGCACUGCGCAGGUACUUUGAGGCUCACCUGGGCAUCAAGGUUGAGCAAGUGAAGCAGUCGCUGCAGCGCACUGAGGGAGGAGCACCAAUACACCCGCAGCCUUAUUACAAGGCAUGCUCCUACACCCAUGAGCAGGUGGUGGAGAUGGUGGAGUUUCUGAUUGAGUAUGGACCAGCGCGUUUGUACUGGGAGCCUGCUGAGGUCUUCCAUAAACUGUCCUGUGUCCAGCUCCUCUUGCAGCUCAUUUCUAUCGCCUGUGACUGGAGAACAUAUUACGGCAGGGCCGACACAGUGAGGUAUGCGUUGGAUAUCUUGAGCAUUUUGACAGUCAUUCCUAAAACUCAGCUGCUGUUAUCGGAGAAUGUUGCUGUGUUGGAUGAGAGUGGUUCAACCAUCUCCACUGUCGGUAUGAGCAUAGUGCUGGUUGUCGCAGAGGGCGAGGUAUUCAUAAAUGACGCAGAGAUCCAGAAAUCUGCACUGCAGGUGAUUAUAAACUGCGUUUGCGCUCCUGACAAACGCAUAUCCAGCAUUGGCAAGUUCAUCUCUGGCACUCCGCGCAGGCGUCAGCCACAGAUUCAUCGUGCCAGCGAAAGUGUCCUGGCCAAGAUGUGGAACGUCGUUCAGUCCAACAAUGGCAUAAAGGUUCUGCUGUCCCUGCUCACCGUCAAAAUGCCCAUCACUGAUGCUGAUCAGAUUCGUGCUCUGGCAUGCAAAGCUUUGGUUGGAUUGGCACGUAGCGCCGCCGUGCGUCAAAUCAUCAGCAAGCUUCCGCUGUUUGGCAGCGGACAGAUCCAACAGCUUAUGAAAGAGCCUGUGUUGCAGGACAAGCGUAGUGAACAUGUACGCUUUUGCAAGUAUGCAGCAGAACUAAUAGAGCGAGUGUCUGGAAAGCCAUUGCUCAUCGGCACGGAUGUUUCUUUGGCUCGGCUGCAGCGGGCUAGUGUUGUAGCACAGUCACGCAUUUCAUUUCCUGAGAAAGAACUUCUGUUACUAAUUCGGAAUCAUCUUUCAUCUAAAGGUCUUAUGGAUACCGCAACAAUGCUAACGAAAGAAGCCGAUCUGCCCAUGGGACUGCAUGCUCACGCGCACAGUCACGCUAGCAUGCCACCAUUCCCUCCCGUGUCUGUCACGACAUCACCUGCUUCUGUUGUCGCUAUCCCCCGGACUCCUCGGCUUACUAAUGGGGUAGUGGCCCGCCUAGGUGGCCACACCCCUCAUACUCCACCUCAUCACCCCCAGCCCCGCACUUCAACCUCACAGGCUCUGCCCCCGCCACCUCUUACAGCAUCUCACCAAAGUAAUGGCUCUCCUCUCAUUGGGCGUAUUGUGUUUACUCGGGAUCGACCAUCGCUGUAUGCUGCUGCAGCAGGGAAGAGGCCAAAAGUAUUAAGACAGAAAUCAGAUCAUGGUGCAUUCAGUCAGAGUCCAGCCAUGAAGAAGCAGCUGGACAGACAUAUGCCCUCGCCACCAACUCUAGACAGUAUUAUAACGGAGUAUUUGCGAGAGCAGCAUGCACGCUGCAAGAAUCCAGUGACCACAUGUCCUCCCUUCAGUCUUUUUACACCCCAUCAGUGCCCCGAGCCCAAGCAAAGACGUCAGGCACCCACCAAUUUCUCAUCUCGACACACACGAAGAGUGGUCUACCCCAAAUAUGGUGGUGUUGACGGAGGCUGUUUUGACAGGCACCUUAUCUUCAGCAGAUUCCGGCCGAUAUCUGUGUUCAGGGAAGCUGAGGAGGACGAGAGUGGCUUCAUGUGUUGUGCGUUCUCAGCUCGAGAGCGUUUCCUGAUGUUGGGCACCUGCACUGGACAGCUCAAACUAUACAAUGUGUUCAGUGGACAGGAAGAAGCCAGUUACAGCUGCCACAGCUCAGCUAUCACACAUCUGGAGCCAUCUAGAGAUGGCUCUUUGUUGUUGACGUCAGCUUCCUGGAGCUAUCCCUUAUCAGCACUGUGGGGAAUGAAGUCAGUCUUCAUCAUGAAGCACUCCUUCCUGGAUGAUCAUUAUGUGGAGUUCAGUAAACUGUCCCAGGACAGAGUGAUAGGAACAAAAGAACACAUCGCACAUAUAUAUGACAUUCAAACCGGACAGAAAACCCUGACCCUAAACAAUCCUGACCUGGCCAAUAAUUACAAGCGCAACUGUGCCACAUUUAACCCGACGGAUGACCUGGUCCUGAAUGAUGGUGUCAUGUGGGACGUGCGGACUACUCAGGCCAUCCAUAAGUUUGACAAGUUCAACAUGAACAUCAGUGGUGUCUUCCAUCCCAAUGGUUUAGAGGUCAUCAUCAACACAGAGAUCUGGGAUUUGAGAACAUUUCAUCUUCUUCACACUGUACCAGCUCUAGAUCAGUGCAGGAUUGUUUUCAACAACAAUGGAACUGUCAUUUAUGGAGCAAUGCUGCAGGCUGAUGAUGAGGAUGACAUGAUGGAGCAGCAGAUGAAGAGUCCAUUUGGCUCGUCCUUCAGGACGUUUGAUGCUACAGACUACAAACCCAUCGCCACCAUUGAUGUGAAGAGGAACAUCUUUGACCUGUGCACAGACUCUAAAGACUGCUAUCUGGCUGUCAUUGAGAAUCAGGACUCAGUAAAUAUGGACACGGUGUGUCGGCUGUAUGAAGUCGGUCGCCAGAGACUUGCUGAGGAGGAAGAGGAUGAAGAAGAUCAGGAGGAUGACGAUCAGGACGAAGAUGACGAUGAUGACUCUGAUGAUGACAUUGAUGACAUCGACACAGACCCACUGCUGGUGGAGCUCGAGAACGAGAAUAAUGGUGAGGAAGAGGACGGCGAGCAGGAUUUCUCUCCGUCUGAUGAUGAGGAGGUGGCUCGCCUGCUGGAUGAAGAGGCAGACGAUGAUGAUGAUGAUGAUGACGACGACGAUGACGACGAUGAUGACGACGACGACGAUGAGGAUUCUGAUGAUAAUGGCAGAGAUGUGGAGCUUGUGCUGGACAAUACAGACAGCUCUGAUAACUCGGACCUGGAAGAUGACAUCAUCCUUUCCCUGAAUGAAUAAUUCUUCAUAAAAGCCACAGUGGAAACAUUCAGCCCGACUUGUUCCUCAAAGAAGUUCUGACAAGAGAAUGAGAUGCAUAAGAAGCAGUAGCUUUAUAGCACAGGACUAAAGGUUCCUCUGUAGGUUGUCAAAUUUGUGGCUGCAAGGUUGUACAUUGGUUAUGAUGUGUUAAGAGGGGCCCCUAAAUUGAUAUAGAAUUAUUUGUAAAAAAAAAAAUAAUCAUAAUGUAGUUUUAUAUAAGGAUGGGCCAUAAGAAACAAAUGUAAUUUGUAUGUCAAACAAAUUUUCGCUUUUGCUAAAAAUUAUCUUUCUACAGCAUACAUGCUCUUUGAAUGUCUGAUCAUUAUUAAAGAGGAUUCCUACAGAUGGAUUUUAAGGGGGUGGCAUCCUUUACUCACUUUAUGUGCACGUGUAAUAUGUUUAUGCAUUUGCGUGUGUUUUGGACACGUAAUGUAAAUAUGCAGAUAUGUGUGUGCCUGCCACUCUUCAGGUCAUCUGUUUAGUUUUUGUUUAAUCUAAACAUUGAAAAUCCAGUUGUUUAGAUGGUUCAUCCAUUUUGCUGUAGGAAUUAUUUUGAACAUAGUUUUGUUAACAAUUGGCUCUUAGUUUUACAGAAAAAAAAGCUUUUUUAUUUAAGGCCCUUUUUGAGACGUUAGACCUCGUUCGGUGAGCAAUAAUUUUCUAUGAUUUAUCAAUUCAUAUUAUUAAAGGACUGUAAGGCCCCAUGGUACCCUCUGGCCUGUGCUCAAAUCUACAGUGCCAUUUGUAUCUCUUUUAGGAGAAAGAGAAGGGUUGUGCCUGUGGAUGCACCUGUGUGCAUUUCACAUGACAUUUAAACAUUUUACCCAGAAUUCUGUGUAAAGCCUUCAUUUACUUGUUUAAUGUUGUUCAUGCCUUUCCAAAAGGAAAAAUCAAAAGCAACAUUUUGUGU